GGGAGAAAUGAUGACCCUCGGGGAAAUGGUGGCCUUGAGGCAGGAGGGACAGCCCUGAGGGGGAAUGUCCUGUUAUGAGGGAAAAGUGGAGCCACUGAGGGAGAAAUGAUGACCCUCGGGGAAAUGGUGGCCUUGAGGCAGGAGGGACAACCCUGAGGGGGAAAUGGCGGCUCUGGGGGGGAAUGUCCUGCUAUGAAGGGGAAGUGGAGAGACUGAGGGAGAAAUUAUGACCCUCGGGGAAAUGGUGGCCUUACGGGGAAAGGGACAACCCUGAGGGGGAAAUGAUGGCUCUGAGGGGGAAUGUCCUGUUAUGAAGGAAAAGUGGAGCCACUGAGGGAGAAAUGAUGACCCUCGGGGAAAUGGUGGCCUUGAGGGAAGAGGGACAACCCUGAGGGGGAAAUGGCGGCUCUGAGGGAGGAAUGAGAGUCCUGAAGGGGCAAUGGCAGCCCUGAGAGAGGAAGGAUGACCCUGAGCGGAAAAUGGCGUCUGUGACGGACGGGGUGUUGCAGCGAGGGAGAAAUGGCCGCCCCGCCGAGCUGCGCGCAGCCCGUGAGGGCACAACAACAACCCUGAGGGCAAAAUGCCGGAGCCCUUCGGCGGCUCCGUGAGCGGCUCACGGCCGGAACGGCGCAGCCCCGGAACCCGCGAGCGGAUCCGCGGGGCCCGGGCGGGGCCUGCGCCGAGCGCACCGUCCCGGCGCCUUCCUGCGGCCGCCGCUCCCGCUCCGCCGCCCCGGCCCGGCCAUGCCGCGCCUCCUCCUCCUCCUCCUCCUCCUCUUCCUCCUCGUCCCGCACCUCGGCCGCGCCGCCGCCCCCAGCCCGGGGAACAGCACGGAGCCGCCGCGGGCGGCCACGGGGAACGGCACGCACACGGAGUCGGAGCACGAGUCCGGGCCGAGGCUGUCGGUGGGGUCGGGGCUGCCGGUGCUGAGGCGCGCGGUUUAUGUGCUGAGCGCUCUGUCGGCGCUGGCCGCCUUCUACUUCAUGCUGAGGGCGUUCCGCCCCAGGUCCGAGGGCCCCAGAAACGAGCCCAAAACUCAUUUCAGGUUGAAGAAGCCCCAGAGGAAGAAGUACGGGCUGCUGUCGAGCCAGGACGAGAACAUCGAGCUGGGUUCCCUCGACAGCGACGAGGACACCGUGUUUGAAAGCCGCAACCUGAGGCGGUGAGGGAGCAUUUGGUGACUCGGGACCAGCGGCGCUGGCUGCCUGGAAUGAUGGAGGGUCCAGUCCCAGUGGAAUCUCUAGUACUCAAGUUCUAGAUCUGCUUACAGUGACCUAACUAACAGUUUGAGCCCUUCCAUAGCUGGGGCAGGGGAGAGGGGACCAAUCCUGUUUUCUUCACGUGCAUUCUUGGGGACAUUUCUGGGGAAAGACGGGAGCUGUUCACUGCACAGGGAAAGGCUGAGGUAAAGGAGAUGCUCUUGGACGAUUUUCAGCACCUGAAAUCGGAGCUCGAGAGCUGCCCCUGUGCCUCAUGUCCCUCUCUCCUUGCCCUGGAAGCGUCAGAUUCCUUCUCCAGGCUGAUCCUCUUUCCUUCAUGCAAUAUCAGGUUACUUCUUUGGGAAGUGUCUCUGUAAUCAGCUUCUGGGAGGAGCUGCGAGAGCUGUGGCUCUGCUACACAAACGGGGGUGGGAGGGUGAUAGUUCAGGCACAGCAGCUUUGGGAAGGAGUUAAACGAGUUAUAUUUUGCAGGAUUGGCAAUUACUGGGACAAUCCAGGUCGUUCACGGGUUUACAGACGUGUUAAGGAAUGAAAGGGGCCACAACCCAAAGGAAUCUUUCUCCAAACGAGCUACAAGAGGUCUGGGAAUGCCUGGACUCUGCCCAGCCCCAGCUGUGACUUCACCAGGGACACUGUGACAUCUGCCAAGCUCUGGGUUUUGUGAUGCCCGAGGAAGAGCCAGAUGUGAGCCAGGGAGUGUCUUGGAGCAGCUGAUGACUGGAAAAGGGGGACCCCAACCCCUCUUGACUGUGAUUCAGGGCAGCCCUGGAUGAAUUCUCUCCUCAAGAACCCUGGAGUUCCAUUCCCUUGGCUGGUACUCAGCCGGCAUCUGUCCUGCAGCCCAUUGUUAGUGGAUUUUUGGGAUCUGAUUGUGUAGGACCAAAGGUGAAUGUGUCAGGCGGUGGUUGUUGGGUGGAUCUGCUGCUAAAUCGGUGAAAACUGCUCGCCAAGUGCUUCUGUCUGUGGCCUUUCCUUGGAAACUGGCAGCACAUCCUUAAAGCCCACUUCCCCCCAAGCUGGUAGUGCCUUUGUUUGGAGAACCCGAGGGAUUUGCCCUGCGGGCAGGGAGGGUCCCCGUGGCACCUUUAGGGUGAAAAAUUGGGAUAUCUACCUUUAGGGUGAACAUUUAGAAUGUCUUUGGAAUGUCUUUGGCUCCUUUGGCUUGCAAAUCCCCUGUGGAUCAGGGGCAUGACGACUCUUGGAGAAGGGACAGAGAUGUGCUGGUCAGGGGGAGAUGCGCAGGGUCUCCCGAGGGAGUGCUGUGUUCCUGUGCAAGCAGCCACCUCUGUCUGUUCAGGACAGGUGAGGUUUCCUGGAGAAAUCCCACCCCCGUGGCAGCUCUGUCUCUCAUGUGCACAAAGGAUUUUAAAAUACAUACAUAUCUAUUUUUUUAAUGGCAUUGUCAUGUGCACACAGUGCUUGCAUGUGCCCUGUUUUCUGUCCUUUGGAUCCUUUCACGCCUGUUUUGGGUGUUCCCUGUUUGUGGCUGCUGCAGAUGGGAGCGGGCAGAGGUUCCAUGUGGGAAUUGCUGGGAUGGCUCCACCCGGCUGCAGCUUCCCUGGGGGUGAUCAGAGCUCUGUGAUCCAUGGUCAGGGAUCUUUCUUCAUCCUGCAGGGCUGCAUUGCAGGUAAUUAAUUCCCUGGCUCUUUUGUUCCCUCUGGAAAGUUGUUCCUUGUGCUGUUGAAACUGUAUGAGCCUGACUGUCCCAGUCCACUGCCAUGUUCAGUGUUUGACCAACACAUUCCUCAUCCUUCCUUUACCUGGAGUGAUGACCCUGAGCAUUCCUUAGGCUCCUCUCUUGUUGGCCACGUGGGGUUUGCAAUUCUCAAGUUUCCUCACCUCACAGGAGUGGAGCAUUUGUUUAAUGUUAAAUUAUUCAGAGCAGAGAGAACCUCAAGCAGUAGGUCUUGCCUUGAAAAUAAUUCUGCUGGAAUUGAUUUUGGCUGGAACAGAUGUUUGUGUUUGAGCAGGGAAAGGCAUGGAGCAGGUGAUGUGGUGCCUGGGCUGUGCUGUGUAGGUACCAGGGGAAGAAAUUAAGGUGCCAACCUGGAAUUUCUACACCACUUCCAUGUUUUCAGAGUCUUGCUGGCCACCUUUAAAGGGUGCAGAGUACAAAGGUGCUUGUGGGGCUGUCACUUGUCCUGGUCUUGGGCUGAAGACAGGUUGGAGCUGUAAUCAGGAACCCUGUGAAGCUGAUUCCACUCCCAUCCUGCCCCUCAGCAGCAGCUGGCAUCUGGAUUUGCCCUUUGCAGGCCAUGACAUUCCAUCCCUGCUCUGCUCUGAGUCCUUGGAGGCCUUUCCUAAGAGGAGAAAACCCAAGUGACAGAUCUGAGACUCCUUGGGAUGCUCAGCAUGAUCCCAUUUCUCCAGGAAGAAUCAGCUGGACCUGGCACUUCCUGCAGUGUGAGCAGUGCCAGGGCAGAGGGUUUUGGGGUGGAUCCUGCAAAUAACAGCAGCUUUGAACACCUUAUGUGACAUUUCCACAAAGGAGCACUUCAGCUGUUCCUUCCAUUACUCUUCCAGUUCCUCCACGUGUAUUUGAUGCCCUCGUUUCAGGUCUCUUUGCCCCAGCUGGAUCUUCAGUAGCUUUCCAGUUGUAGUUUUUCAGGCUAAACACAGGAAUGCAAACAGACCCACCCGUGCCUGCUCCUGGGCAGGCUGAGGCCUCACCAGCCACUGCUGCACUUUUCUUUCUCCUGGAUGGAUCAGGGUGUUGGUGGAGGUUCCAUGUGCCUGUUGGUCUGCAGGAUUCCUGCUCAUCCCACCAAAAGCAGCCAAUGGACCAUGACCUGUAACAGUCACCCCCUGUGUGCAUGACUGACUACAACAGUCUACUCUGAAUUAAGCCAAAGCCAAUUUUCCAAGGUUUACAUAAUCCCUCUGUUGUCUUGGAGCCUUUCUGGGAUGCUCUGCUGCUGCUGCCCUGCCCAAACUGACUGGGCCAUCUGCAGGGUUAAUGGGAUCUGUGGGAGCAGGGUGAGAUCAGCUCUGGUGGUUUUGUUCUGUGCCUGGGGUGGGACCUGCAGCCCUGCCAGGUUCUGUGCCUGUGGUGGGAGUCAAUAAACAGCACUUGAGCACGUUGUUGUCUGAACUCCCCAAGGAGCAGCUCUUGUUUCUUCCUCCUGGAGCUGCUGAUCUGUCUUUAAACAGCUGCUGGCCCUGUAUCGAUCCCUGGUUUUCUUGUCAUUGCAGCAUCCCCUCCCUUGUACCUGGAACCACUGGAAUAAAGCAUUCCAGCCCACCCAGCCCUCCCUGCUGUGUGCACGGGCUGCUGAACCCGUGGGAUGAGCUGCUGUGGUGAGCUCAUGGAUUUAUGGGGUCCUUGGGGUUUUCCCCCUGCCUUGCUCCUGCUCCCAGGGCUGCUGCUCACCUUGUGUCCUGUCUGGAAGUGUCCAAGCCCAGGUUGGGUUGAGCUUGGAGCAAUCUGGUCUGUGGAAGGUGUCCCUGUCUUUGUCAGGGGGUGGAAUGAGGUGAGCUUUAAGGUCCCUUUUAAACCAUUCUGUGACUUCAUGAUCAUCUCUGGGUUGAUUUCAGUUUUCUGAAGUCUCUUUUUUCCCUGUUCUCACAUUAAUCCUUUUAUUGUACAGAGGACCAAAUAAAAGUCCCUGUGAGGCCAAUUCCAGCCUCUCCACAGCAGCAGAACCAAGUUCCAUUUUGCUUAUUUGGAAGUGAGGAAGGAGAUGUUGUUCCCUGGAUCAGAGAAUCAUGGAAUCUCCUGAGUUGGAAGGAACCCACAGUGAUCAUCGAGUCCAAACACUCCUGCAGCUCUGGCAGCCUUGGGGCUGGGACCAUUCCCUGGGGAGCCUGGGCAGUGCCCAGCAUCCUUGGGGAGAAGAAUCUUUUCCUAAAAUCCAACCCCAAACCUCCCCUGACUCGGCUCCUGCCCCUUGUCCCACAGAGCAGAGAUGGGAGCUGCCCCUCGGGAGUCUCCCCUGAGUCUCCUCCAGGCUGAAAUGGGAAUGUCCCGGCUCCUCCCUGCAAGGAAUUCGUUCCAGAACGAAACCAAGGGCGUUCCCUGCCUCACACCUGCUGCUCAUCGGGUUGUGUGGAUCAGUGGCACUGAGAAAACAAAAGCCACGUUCCCCCUGUCCCCCUCUGCACCCUGCCCGUGUCCUGGCUGCUCAUGUCCUGGGGCAGCUGAGGAGCCGAGAGGGUUUUGUUUGCUCCACGAUUUCCCCUCGUUACUGGGGGGUUCUGGGGGGCAGCGGGGUCGGGCACAGCAGGAGCUGGGGCACAGGGGAUCCCUGUAGGUGGCACUCACAGACCAGACUUGCAGCUGCCAGGGCACUGCCGGCACCUGGGGAAGCUGCAAAUAAAUCCUGGUGCCUUGAAAAGCAAAUCUGCUUCCUCCAGCGGCUGUCUGGGAUGAGCUGGAAGUGCCUUUUUGGGGUUGUGUCUUUCCUGGCACCGGGGUGGGGCAGCAGCAGGUUUUGGGGUGGCUCCUGGGGAGCUCUUGGGGUUUCUCUCUCAGGGGAGUGUCUCUCUCAGGAGCAGGGGAGGGUUUUGCCCUGGCUCCACUUGAACCAGAUUCCACCUGGCCCUGUCAGGACUUGUUUGGGAAAGAUUUUUAUGAUUCUGGGCCUGACAAGGUUUCAAGAUGCCCUGGUUUGAUGGAGUGAUGCCACCAGCUCCAGCACAGACAUGAACAGCAGCAGCCUGGGGGCACCCCGGCUUUCCUGGGCCAAAUUAACCGCAGUGCUAAUGAGCUAACAGAGAGCAUUCCCUGUGCAGCAGCAUGGGCAGGACAUCAUUACCAUGUCCAGUUAGAUUUUGAGGGAAAAUUCCUUCCCCAGAAGGAAGGGACCCAGCCUGCUCAGGCUGCCCAGGGCAGUAGUGGUGUCACCAUCCCUGGAGAUUUUCAGAAAACCCCUGGAUGUGGCACCUGGGACAUGGUUUAACGGUGCUCUUGGCAGUGCUGGGGAAACAGUUGGACUUUAUGAUCUUGGGGGUCUUUUCCAAUCUAAAAAAAUUCCAUGAUUCUGUGCUUUCAAGCUCUGUGUGCGGUGCUGGGAGCUGCCACAGGAUAUGAACCAAGUGCUUGUUCCUUUCCAGGCUCAGGGGGCUGUUACCCCAAUUAGCACUAAUUGCUGUGGCCCGUGGUGCUGGACCAGCUGCAGCUGUGCUGUUCUCCCCUCAUCCCUGUUCCCUGCUCUGUGCCAUCCCCUCUUCCCGAGCUCUCAACGGGGACAGGCUGGCUGGGAUUCCAGUCACAAACACAAGCUGGCGGCAUGGAUCUGCUCGGAAUUUAUUUUAAACUCGAGCUAAAGUGCUCUCGAUGCUUUGGAUGCAAAUUUCCUUCCCUGGAAUGGGAGCUGCGGGGCCGGUGGAGUGCCAGGGAGCUCUUUUGAUUCCAGAGCCUGUUUGCUGCUGCGGCUCCUCGCUCCGCGGAGUGCGAAAUCACCUCUGCGGCACAGCCCGGGGAGGGAGCACUGCUGGCACACACAGCUCUGCUCCCUCUUCUCUCACUCGCUGUCCCCUGCUUUUAAUGAGGGUUUGUGUCUAAAGUUGGGGGUUUUUAGGUUUUGGUGUUUGUUUUUUUUGUUGUUGUUUUUUGGGGGUUUUUUGGGUGUUUUUCUGUGUGACAGCAGUCUCUGUGUGAUUUUUCUGGUCACUGUCUGGGAGAAGAGAUGGUCCAAGUCCCCCCAGCCCCCCAAAGAGGAAAAAGAGAAAAAUAUAGAAUGGGUAAAGGAUGCUCCAUUCAUGGAUUUUGGAGUUUUUUGUCGCUGGAUUUCUCCAGUACCAAAUGAACCUUAGGGGUUUUUAGGUGGCAUUAACCAAGGCCAGGUUGGAUGGGGUUUGGAAGAACCUGAUCUAGUGGAAGGUGCCCCUGCCCAUGGCAGGAGUGGAAAUGAAUGAGCUUUAAGGUCCUGCCAACCCAAACUAUCCUGGGAUUAUCUCCAUGAGCUGCUCUCUGGGUCACAAAUUGUCCCCAUGAGCACACCGGGCUCUUGGUCCCAUUGGGGCCAAGCCCUGGAUGGGUGAGCAGAUGAGCAUGGUCAGGGGAGGGUGUCACAAAUUUUGUCCCAUUUGUUGCUCACACACUCACUGGAUGGCUCUGGGUGCUUUGGCAUGACUUUGGGUGGCUCUUGGAAUUUCCCCAUAAAUGUUUUCAGCUGCUCUCACAA